UGUAGAAUGGCUAUCUAACUGAUUAAGGUGCUUGUGUGGGCCUCCAAAUUAUAGCCUCUCAACAGUUUGGCUGUCUGUAACAGGUUAUCUUCAUGGUAUCUAUAGAUGAUGCAGGGAAGUGUUAAUAUCCCCAUCUUAGGGAAAAUUUAGCCAAAGAGAAACUAAGUGGCUUGUUCAGUGUUUCAAGAGGCAGUCUGUGAUGGAGAAGGCAAGAAAAGCGGCAUCCCUGGGUACUUAGAUAGAAGUCUAGCAACUGGACUGUCCUUCAUCACAAAGCUCUCCUGCUAAGUUUUGGAAUUGCAUAUGGCAGAUGACAGCAGAGCUCUUGUUCCCUUGCGUCAAAAGACAAGAAAGAAAAGUCAAGGGAUUUGUAUAAUGAGUCGACGGAGGAUAUCAUGUAAAGAACUGGGACUACCGGAUUGCCAGGGGUGGCUCUACAAGAAAAAGGAGAAAGGAGCUUUUAUUGGCAACAAAUGGAAAAAGUUCUGGUUUGUGCUAAAAGGGUCAUCUUUAUAUUGGUACAGCAGCCAACUGGCAGAGAAAGCGGAAGGAUUCAUCAAUCUGCCAGAUUUCAGUGUGGAACGAGCAACUGAAUGCAAAAAAAAGCAUGCUAUUAAGAUCAACCACCCACAGAUCAAGACAUUUUAUUUUGCAGCGGAGAAUGUGGUGGAAAUGAACAUGUGGCUAAAUAAACUGGGACUGGCUGUGAUUCCUCAGGCAACCAGUGGAAAGAAUGAAGAAGAAUGCUAUAGUGAGAGUGAACAUGAUGAUCCAGAAAUAACAGAAACACCACCUCCACCAUAUACAGCACAGCCACUGCCUCCUCAUUUGGUUCAGCAACAGCCUUCUGUGGCCUCCUCACUGUCUAGUGAAGCAUCCUGUUCUCUUUCCUCCCUGGAAAGCACCGUGAAGUCACAAGAAACCUCUUCUUCCUUGGUGUCUAAAGUGACUUAUCCAGAAAGGCAGUCCUGGCUUGACAUAGUUAACAGCUCUCCUGCCACUGAAGAGGUUGAUCAGCCCUUAACUUUCUCUGUUCAGAAUCACACUGGUGAACAGCCACAGAUGAACUGUAGUGAAUCAGUUGAAAGCCAGCAGAUCAAGUCUGAUACUGGAUCUCACAACACUUUGCUAGGUGAAGGCACAACUUGCUUAACUGUGCCAGAUCUGGUAGGAAUGAAGACACUAGCCAAAGAUUGGGCAAAAUGCUGUGACAAUGAUGAAAUGGAACGACUUUAUAAAUCAUUAGAACAAGCAAGUUUGUCACCUAUUGGAGACCGUCGUCCUUCAACCAAAAAAGAACUUAGAAAGUCCUUUAUCAAAAGAAGCAAAAACCCCUGCAUUAAUGAGAAACUUCACAAAAUCCGGGUGCUGAAUAGCACAUUAAAGUGUAAAGAACAUGACUUGGCCAUGAUUAACCAGCUGCUGGAAGAUCCCAAGUUGACAGCAGAGAAAUACAGAAAGUGGAGGAGCACAAACAAUAUGUUGGUCCAAGAUAUCUAUCAGCAGCAGGAUGUCCUGUAUUUGCCAGAGGAGAAUAGGAAAGAGGAAGAGAUGAACCCACCACCUUUCAUUGGGAACUCUCUCUGAGCAAUUGCAUGUGCAGCACAUGACAAAAUUUCUCCCCAUCUCUCUUCAUUUAGUGAGACUUUAAAUUUGCUAUACUUUCAGGUUUUGUUUUUUCAAGUGCUUAUGUCAUUCUUUGGAAAACAAAACAACUCAUUCUUCAAAGCAUUCCCAGGUAUUAAACAAAACAAAACAAACCCAAACCAAACCCUACUGGGGUGCACACCUGAGAAGCAUGCUGCAUGAAGCAGAGAAGAAAUGGAGUUACAUUUCAGAAUGGCUAACUUUUCAGAAGACUCAAACUGAGCCUGGAAUAGCUGAAAGUCACAGAAAAAUGUACAUAUUGUAGAUAUUAAAUACUUGGGGUGAUUGUACCCACCUAAUCUAUUGAUGAAAGAAUUUUAUUAAGUUAUAAUAAUCUGAACAGUACUGUAUAUACUCCUCUGUUACUACAUCUUGGCUCUUCAAGAUGAUAACUACAAAUAAGUCGUACUUUCACUUCUACCUACACUCAUUUUGAAUGCAUUUCAAUUUUAAACAGAGAUUUCUAGGGCAAUGAUUACAGACAGAUCUCUAUUUCAGACCAUCUUCAGGCACGAGUUCACGUUCUGCUUGACACCAUAAAUAUUUUGUGUGGGCAGACAAGGCCAAGAAUCGUUUCCUGUGCUAUCUGGAAAGGUUCUUUUAAUGUGUUUCAGUGGCAAAUAAACUGCUCAGCAGUGUAGAAACCCUGUGUUGUCUUAAGUUUUAACUUUUUAAUGGUGUAUAGACUUGGUGAGGGUUAUAUGCUGUUUUAUGUUUUAGGCAGUAGUGAAUAUGUAAGGUACAAGUUUAUUUCAAAUGUGUAGUCAAAAAAACCCAACAAAGAAUCCAGAUCCCAAAGCAGAUGAUUAAACAUCAUUAUUUGAUGCAGCAUGAAAAAUAUAAACCAUAAUGGAAUAUAUUUUUGUAAAUGUGUAUCACCUUAUGGCUUAUAUGAACAUGGACAUAUAUUGUAUAUAUGAUUGUAUUUAUGUAUUUAUAUGUUCUGGAUUUCUCUGUCUAGAUAGGACCACAUUUUAUAGAUAAGAUUGCUUAUCUGUUGAUUUCAAGUGAAAUAUUUGCACAGAUUUCAAGGCCAAAUAUUCUUCUUCUAUAUAUGGAGCACAUAAUAACUCCAAAGAGAGAGUUAUAUCGGAAGCUCCGUUGUUAGCAUUAAUUUGACCUUGCUUCUGUCUUUUGAACUGGGUAUGAGAUUUAUCUAAAAAUGUUGCUGUAUAAUCUCUAUUAGGAAAUAUUUUUUCUAGAAAAUAUCAUAACUUCAGGUUGCAUACUUACAUGAUAUUAUAUCAACAAAAAGCACUUUAAAAUUUUUGCUCCAAUGUCAUAAUUUUUUACCUUACUGUGCCCAGCACAGGUAUACUUUUGAAUCACAACUUGGCAAUGUGUAAUAUAUUUUGAUCUGCAUGUUUGUAUAAGUUACUUUACAGAGCUACUGAAUUUUAAGAAUAACAAAUCAUGAUCUUUGUUAAAUGAAUUUCCAACCCAAGAACUGGUGUACAGUACAGUACUUAUGUGCAUUCCAGUUAGCCAGUGUGUAAAGCUAUUCUUAUGAAUACUUGCAUACAUAUUACUGGUUGAAAUGGAAUACAGUGUAAGCACCAAAAAAAGAAACAGAUAGAUUUUAACUUAUUUUUAACCACCAUAUGCUUUAGCAGAAUUUUGAUUAUGAAAACAAUUGUAUAUACUAAAUUCCUGGAAACACACGGGAUCUAAUCCAUCACUAGUCUGAAUCAAAGAUUAAGUGUUUCAUUACUUACCAAUUAGUGCUCGUAAAUCAAAGCAGAAUCAGAACUUUAUGGGGGAGCUUCAGGAGUAGGGUGUUCAAACCAAACUGUAGGGGAUGAAUGGGGAGUGUGUGUGUGUGUGUGUGUGUGUGUGUGUGUGUGUGUGUGUGAGAGAGAGAGAGAGAGAGAGAGAAAGACUUUUGAUUUUAAAAAAAUCUUUAUUAUGCAGGUAUUAAAACUAAUGGUGAAAGUGCAAAGGUAUGUGGCCCUCUCAGGGGCUAAUCAUGAAAAGGUCAUUAGCAACAGGGAGAGAUCACCAAAGAUGAAUAUACCUCCUCUGCUCGUGCUUGUAGGGAGGCAGUUAGACGGGCCAAAGCUACCAUAGAGCUGAGGAUGGCAGCCCAAGUAAAAGACAACAAGAAAUUGUUUUUUAGAUAUAUAGGGAGUAAAAGGAAGGCCCAGGGAGGAAUAGGACCCCUGCUAAAUGGGCAGAAGCAAUUGGUGACAGACAGGGGGGACAAGGCUGAACUCCUCAAUGAGUUCUUUGCCUCAGUGUUCCUAAGUGAGGGGCACGACAAGUCUCUCACUGGGGUUGUAGAGAGGCAGCAGCAAGGUGCCAGACUUCCAUGCGUAGACCCUGAAAUGGUGCAGAGUCAUUUGGAAGAACUGGAUGCCUUUAAGUCGGCAGGCCCGGAUGAGCUCCAUCCGAGGGUGCUGAAGGCACUGGCCAACAUCAUUGCAGAGCCACUGGCGGGAAUAUUUGAAAGCUCGUGGCGCACGGGCCAAGUCCCAGAGGACUGGAAAAGGGCCAACGUGGUCCCCAUUUUCAAAAAGGGGAGGAAGGAGGACCCAGGCAACUAUAGAUCUGUCAGUCUCACCUCCAUCCCUGGCAAAGUCUUUGAAAAAAUUAUCAAGGCUCACAUUUGUGAGAGCCCAGCAGGACAAAUUAUGCUGAGGGGAAACCAGCACGGGUUCGUGGCAGGCAGAUCGUGCCUGACCAAUCUAGUUUCUUUUUAUGACCAGGUUAUGAAAUGCCUGGACACAGGAGGAGGGGUGGAUGUCGUAUACUUAGACUUCAGGAAGGCCUUCGAUACGGUAUCCCACUCCAUACUGGUGAACAAGUUAAGAGGCUGUGACUUGGAUGACUACACAGUCCGGUGGGUGGCGAAUUGGCUGGAGGGUCGCACCCAGAGAGUCGUGGUGGAUGGGUCGGUUUCGACCUGGAAGGGUGUGGGCAGUGGGGUCCCUCAGGGCUCGGUCCUUGGACUGAUACUCUUUAAUGUCUUCAUCAGUGACUUGGACGAGGGAGUGAAAUGUACUCUGUCCAAGUUUGCAGAUGACACAAAGCUAUGGGGAGAUGUGGACACGCCAGAGGGCAGGGAACAGCUGCAAGCAGACCUGGACAGGUUGGACAAGUGGGCAGAAAACAACAGAAUGCAGUUCAACAAGGAGAAAUGCAAAGUGCUGCACCUAGGGAGGAAGAAUGUCCAGCACACCUACAGCCUAGGGUGCUGGGUAGCACGGAAGUGGAAAGGGAUCUUGGAGUCCUAGUGGACUCCAAGAUGAACAUGAGUCGUCAGUGUGACGAAGCCAUCAAAAAAGCCAAUGGCACUUUAUCAUGCAUCAGCAGAUGCAUGACGAAUAGGUCCAAGGAGGUAAUACUUCCCCUCUAUCGGGCACUGGUCAGACCGCAGUUGGAGUACUGCGUGCAAUUUUGGGUGCCGCAAUUCAAGAGGGAUGCGGAUAACCUGGAGAGGGUCCAGAGAAGGGCCACUCGUAUGGUUAAGGGCCUGCAGACCAAGCCCUACGAGGAGAGACUAGAGAAACUGGAUCUUUUCAGCCUCUGCAAGAGAAGGUUGAGAGGCGACCUCGUGGCUGCCUAUAAGUUCAUCACAGGGGCACAGAAGGGAAUAGGUGAGUAUUUAUUCACCAAGGCGCCCCCGGGGGUUACGAGAAAUAAUGGCCACAAGCUAGCAGAGAGCAGAUUUAGACUGGACAUUAGGAAGAACUUCUUCACAGUUCGAGUGGCCAAGGUCUGGAACGGGCUCCCAAGGGAGGUGGUGCUCUCCCCUACCCUGGGGGUCUUCAAGAGGAAGUUAGAUGAGCAUCUAGCUGGGGUCAUCUAGACCCAGCACUCUUUCCUGCUUAUGCAGGGGGUCGGACUCGAUGAUCUAUUGGGGUCCCUUCCGGCCCUAACAUCUAUGAAUCUAUGAACAAAAAAACCCAUGUGACCAGAAAUUGAUACCCCUCCUCCAUGCCCCUCAUGGGGUUACACAUGUAGGACUAGCUGUCUGUCUUUCACUUUGCAGAGGUAAUAACCCAGCACAACACAAAUUGGUCUACAUUUUCUUGCAAGGUGAAGUUUCCAAAUUCAAAUCUGAUACAUGCUUGGACCUGGAAGCAGAAGAGUUGGAGUGCAUCAUUGGAGCCAGCUCCUCCAAGCCAGUUUCUGUGGCUUUUCAGAGUUGCUGUCUUGGCCUGGCCCAGCAUGAAAUUGGCCAAGCAGAUCUCACACCCCUUGGCUCUUGGUAGUGGAUAGAGGAGAUGUACACAGUCUUGUAAAAGUCCAAGUCCAGAGUGCCAAAGAGGGUGCUGAGGGAAGUGAAGAAUGACUGUAGCUGGGGGGCAGUCCAGGAAGGCGUAGAAGAAAGUCUCCUCCACCUCCUUUUCACAGAAUGGGCAGGCCAUUGAUGACACUGGGUCUAAGUGGAAGACAAAAGUGCCCAUGGCCAGGGCUCCAUGCAGCAGCUACCACUGGAGGUGUCCAGUUACCUUGGUGACGGGUAGGUUGUACAGGGUGCAACAGGCUGGGUGGGCUUGCUUUUGUGUUACUGCUGUUAGGUGCUGCCUCCAAGUCAUGUCAGAGUAGGUGGCAAGGACACAGGCAUGAUGCAGUUUGUCUACAUGUACAGUACUUUCUCAGACAGGAUCUUAAGGUAAAUUCCACUACUAUUCUUGUUAGAUACAGGGAGGGACAGCAGGCUGCUGGGCCCAUCAUUCUCACUACAGUCCACAGCGGGAGAAACAGGUCUGUCAUUGGGGAGGGCUUGUUGUGUGCAGAGGUGGUCUUCUAGGGCAAUAAGUGUAUUUGUGGGGAGGGCAUCUUUCAUUCCAGCUUAGAUGUGCAAAGCCAAAUGGACAGAAUGAAAGCCCAGCCAGUCAGCUAGAGUUUUGGCCAAGAGCCAGAAAGGCUGAGCUGACUGCAAGAGGCAGGUAUGCUUGAUGAUGUGCAACUGGAUGAAGGAAGCAAUGGGGCUUCAGGAGUUGAGGCUUGGUGCCCCCCAUUACAAGGCCAAGUUAUGGACCAGGGGCUCUUAUAGCAACUUUGGAAAUUGCAGGAACCUACCCUGCAGUUUCAGUCAGAGAUAGCCUUGCCUGGGCCAGAUGGGCCUAUGGUAUAAGCGUGAGCAUGGCAGGGUGCUCUAGCCAAGGUGAUCAGGAUCCAAAAGGAACAGUUCCUGAUCAAGGUUGAGGUCCUUCACCCAAUGCAGGAAAGCAAAGGCCAGCUGUUGCCAGGGGAGGCAUUUCCAAGCAAAGAGCAUGUGCUGAAGGGCUUGUUGGCAGAAGGCAGCCACCCUGAUCACCUGGUUGAUGAGACCCUGGCUUCUCUUGCUGGUGGGUAGGUAGGACAGUUCACUGGAGCCAGUGGUGCCCAUUACAGAAGUAGUCCAGGAGGACCUUGUAAAUGCUUUCAAGAAGGGUCAUUGGCGGAUCCAGGAUGGUGAACGUGUGCCGCAGUGUAGCAGCUUCCAGGUUGUUGAUGAUCAAGAUUGGCCAUGGUAGGAGAGAUUGGGCAGAUGCCAGGGCCACCACUGGUAGUUGUGCCUCAGCCUUCUCAUGAAGGCUUUCCCAGUGCUUGGCUAGAUAGUCGGGAGGGCCUUGGAAAAUGUCCAGAGCUUUGAAAGCCAUUGUGGCAUCAGAUAGGGCCUCCAGGCAGGUCUGGGAGCUGAGUGUUGGCUCAGGUGCUUGGCAGAAAUGUGUCACUUUUGGCCCAGUUGAUACAGGCUGAAGAGGCACAGUUGUAGGUCCAAUGACACUCAGGGAGUGGACAUCAUCCUCACUUUUCUCAAAAACAGUCACAUUGACAUAUGCUGUCACCUUAACUGAGGGGCCAGGGGGAGGAGGGAAGAUUAAACAGAGAGAGACAGAGAGAAAUUAGGCAGGGGGUAAGCUCUGAGAUCAGUACAUCAGUACUUUGGGUAGUGUGGUCAUCUGCCAAAGUUUAGUAGGGGCAUAGCUCUGUUUUUCACUAUGUAAGUUCCAUUAAAGCAAGGCUUCUAUAAUGCACACAUUAGUGCAGAGAGUGGAAAUGAGACACAGGAUGAGGAAGGUUAUGGUCAGGUUGGGAUCAGAAACCAGGGAGCAAGGCUGGACUUGGGAUGCUAUCACUGCCUCAGGUUUGAAAGCAGGGAGUAGGAUUGACUGCAAAGUUAAAGUUAGUAUUGGGCUAUGGAGAUGGCAAACUGAGAUUAGCUUGGGGUUGGAACUGCAUGGCAAUGAUUAAUAGGGGAAGAAAAGAGAGAGAAAGAAAAAGAAUGAGGACCAGAGUUUGUUUUACUUAUUUGGUGUCUGUGUGAUCCCAUUCCCUUCUUGAGUCCUGGAAAAAUGAUGAGUAUGCCUGCUUUUGCACUGCAUCUUCAGCUUAGCCUUAGUACUACAUCAGAAAAAACAGUGUGGGGGGGAGGUAGCCUCAACCACCUCUUGCAUUAAUGUUUUACAUGACUUGAGUAGGAUGGAAUAGAAUCAUGCUCAGGCAUCCAACAUGGGGAGUAGGAUCUGGGUCUGAGCCUCCAGGGGUCUGGCUAAAAAAAAUUCAGUGUUUCAGGAAAACCUCACACAUGGCAAAGAAAGUUUACCCAGUGCCAAGUAGAAGUCCUAGAUUUACGUUAUACAAAUAAACUCAUAGUUUAGCCCAGUGAGCACAUGCUUUUACUAAUAGUGUGUAUGUGUGCAUACACAAUAGCCUGUGUUGUGUAUUUUAUACAUUGGUUUUGGUUUAUAAAGCACUGCAUAAAUGCUCAUGGAUUGACAAAGCCAAUGCAAUUGUUUGUGAAUAAACUAUAUUGCGCUGCUGCCCUGUG